AGUUUCUAGCUCUGCCCGCCAUGGUGCGCUUACAGCGCGAUCCAAUGAAAUCUCAAGCGUGUCUUUAAAUUUAUUUAUCAAACUCUCUUCAGUUUUAAUCCUUGACUUACUGCAAAAUAGAUUGUUUUAAGUUUUACCUGUUUGGAUUAGCAAACGCCGUAAAUGGAUUCUUUAUCUUUCUCUCCAUUUAUUCAUCCGAAUAACCCAAUUAAGUGGCCCAGCUUCGAAGAAUUAGCAAAGAAAUAUAAAUACUUUGAAGAAUGUGGAAAAUAUAAUAGUUUGGGGAAAUUUAAAAUAAAUGUUCAAGAGGAAAAAUGUAAGAGACAACUCACAAGAUCACUCUUGGAACAUUUCUUCUCUUUGAAAGUAACACUACCGGAAGGACGUCUUAUUCCUGCUCUAACAAUACGAGUAAACUAUAUUUGCUGGCUUGAAGAUAUGCUUUCAGUUUGUCCAGAAGUAUCAGGCAUUGAUAUUGGAUGCGGCGCUUCUUGCAUUUAUCCCUUAAUCGCCUCAGCACGUAACGGAUGGCAAUUCAGAGCAAGUGAAAUAGAUCAUUUAAACUAUGAGUAUGCCUUAAAAAAUAUAAAGACUAAUUCACUGGAAGAUAUGAUAACUGUUGUUAAGAAGUCUGAUGAUGCAACAAUUCUCUCUGAUGUUUUGGAAGACGGAAAAACUUAUGAAUUUUGUAUGUGCAAUCCCCCGUUUCAUGAUAAUGAAGUGGACGACCUGAAUAUGGAGAAAGCUGCUCCAGUGGAAAUGAUAACAACGGGUGGAGAAGUAGCAUUUUACAGAAUUUACACAACGAUGAUAGGAAAAAAAUUAAGCGUAUUGCCAAUUAUUGCUUUUCUUGAACGAUACUUCAGUCAGAAUAGUGAGGAUGAUCUAAUAUGUGGCUAUGGCCUGACUCAAUUUUGUCAAGGACGAGUAAUUAGAUGGGGAUUAGCAUGGUCUUUCCAUAGGAGAAAGUUUUCAAAACGAGAGAUAGAUCGAACAAAUCGCAAAGCUCAAAGAGAUUUGGAACGGGAUAGAGGUCAGUUAGAAAAACAAGAGAAACAGUUACAAGAAGAAAUAAAAAGGGCUGCAAAGAGAGGAGAUAAACAAACCUGCAAUAUCUUGGCUAAGCAAUUAAUUCAAAUGCGAAAGGCUAAAACUAGAACUUACACUGCCCAGAGUAAAGUACAAGUAAUGACAAAUCAAACAAAAUUAAUGCACACAAAUGUUAAUGUUGCUCAGACCAUGGGUAAAACUGCAAAAACUAUGUCUGAUGUCAAUAAGCAAAUGGAUCCCAUGAAAACUCAAGCAAUGUUGAAAGAAUUCUCAAUGCAAAACGCUAAAAUGGAAAUGACAGAUGAAAUGAUCAAUGAUACAUUGGAUGAUAUAAUGAAUGAUUCCGCUGAUGAGGAAGAACAAGACGCCGUUGUCAAUCAAGUUUUGGACGAAAUUGGCAUUGAAAUUUCAGGCCAGAUGUCUAAAGCUCCAACGGCUGAAAGAGGUGCCCUGGGAGCAGAAUCUGCGAAGGCAACAGUCAGUGAUGAAGAGUUGAUGAAGCAGCUAGCACAAUUAAAAUCUUCAUAA